ACCCAUAUUUAACACACGAUUUACUAGCUCCUCGUCUCCGAUUCUAGGGUUUUCGUUAAGCCGACGCUACUGCGCCGAACUGAGUGCGAACGCGAAUUCAUCCCUUUCGAUUCCCUCAAAACAUGGCGACCCAAAUGAGUAAGAAGCGAAAGUUUGUGGCCGACGGAGUGUUCUUCGCGGAGUUGAACGAGGUUCUGACGAGAGAACUGGCGGAGGAUGGGUAUUCGGGCGUGGAGGUCAGAGUUACGCCAAUGCGGACCGAGAUUAUCAUACGGGCAACCCGCACCCAGAAUGUUCUUGGUGAAAAGGGUAGGAGAAUUAGGGAGUUGACUUCGGUUGUGCAGAAACGAUUUAAAUUUCCUGAGAAUGGGGUCGAGCUAUAUGCAGAGAAGGUGAACAAUAGAGGGCUUUGCGCGAUUGCUCAGGCUGAGUCGCUUCGUUACAAGCUUCUGGGGGGACUUGCUGUUAGGAGGGCCUGUUACGGUGUUUUGAGAUUUGUCAUGGAGAGUGGUGCCAAGGGGUGUGAGGUCAUUGUAAGUGGAAAACUUAGGGCACAGCGUGCUAAAUCAAUGAAAUUCAAGGAUGGGUACAUGAUUUCUUCUGGGCAGCCAGUCAAGGAGUAUAUUGAUUCAGCAGUGAGACAUGUUCUCCUGCGACAGGGUGUUCUUGGAAUCAAGGUGAAAAUCAUGCUGGAUUGGGAUCCAAAGGGUAAGCAAGGCCCUACUACCCCACUUCCAGAUCUCGUCACCAUUCAUCCGCCGAAGGAUGAAGAAGAAUAUGUCCAGCCUUCACUUGUGUUGGCUCCAGAGAUACCUGUGGUUUGACGACCUCCAUUAAAGGGAGAUAGAUAGCCUGCAUCUAUGUUACGCUUGUUUAAAGAGCAUAUUAGUUUGCACCUGAUGUUAUGCUUGUAUCGUGACUCAAAACAAGUGGCAUAUUAUUUAUGAUGUGAUUGGAUUCCUAACUAGGUGGGAAAAGAGAGGUUGGGGAAAAGAAAUGCAAACUUUUAUAUAGAUGAGCCAUAAUUCAGUGAUAAUUAUGUA